UACCUUGUCCCCGGCUUUGCUUGAACUGAAUGCAAGCGGAAGACACACGAGCUUGCAUGGUAGUCGCGGGAAAGAUGGCGAACAUUUACAAAGCUGUCCUCUGCAAAAAGGCUUCUCAUAACAUUGUCUGAGGCUUAUUGAUGGUCGAAAUUGUGUGUUUCCUGUGUGAUUGCAUACCUUUGGGCUUUUUGCAAUGGAAAAAGAAUCCAGACAUGCUCACAAGUUUGACCAAAUGACUGCCAAUCAACGUGACUCUCAGCAACUCAAAUCUCAAAUUCAGUCAUUCCAGUGCAAUUACUGCAUCCUCAUCUUCAAAUCUAAGCAGUUCCUUCACGAACAUGUAAGUAAGGUGCAUGGCUUUAACGUGGAUGUACCCCGGGGUGAUGGUGACUCCACCCCCCUCAAGACUGGCACCAAAUCAUCCUCCAGCCCCUCCCCAUCAGACUAUUCAGAGGACCAUUUUUCUUGCAGAUACUGUGUGUUCACAUCUUACAGGUGGACUGAACUAGUCAACCAUGAAAAAAACUAUCACAAAUCAGGUCAAAAAAGCCUUGUCAAAACCCAAGCAAAGGUCACUGUCAGGAAGAAUGCAUUUAACACACUUGGAGUAUCCCCGCCCAAACUUGGAGAAAAGGGAAGGCUGAAUUCGUCAUAUUCAAUGUUUACCUCAAAAAACAACCGCUCCCAUUCAUCGUUGAAGGAUCCGGAACAACACAAAGGUUCCUCAGGAACUACCUUUUCAAUCAGUCCAAGUCAAUCCACACCGAAGUCAUCACAAAGUAAAUUGAAGUUGCCUAACCGGGAUAGUGAUGUACAAGCCCUAAUGGAGAGUGACUCUAAGGCCAGGCACUGCUGCCUGUCCUGCAGCUUCACUUCAUCUUCAUUUACAGACCUUCGUAAUCAUCAACAACAGAAACACGGUAAAACAACCACACUGUGGCCCAGUCUCGGCUCCUCGCCGACUAAUCUACAGAAUUGUAAACCUGAAAUGGGUGAUGGUUCGGUAGGGUCAGCCACUAAGACCACUGCUAAGAGACCUCAUGAUGGCAGUUCUUUAUUUCCGGCCAAGAAGAAGUGCAAGCUUGAUACGAGAAACCAUGAAAGUACAGUUAUCAAGACGAAGGUGUCAAGGGGCUCUGAUUUUAACGGUGAAGUCGGUGAGGAUGAAGAGGCAAAUGUAGGAUCAAAAAUGGUCGACCAUCCUGACUCUGCAAAUGGUGAGAGUUCUGACAAAUCAAAGAGACUUUACUGUUGCAAACACUGCGAUUACAGUCACAAGUUCUCCCGUGGUAUUAGCUGCCAUUAUCAGAGAAUGCACCCAUUCAUCAGGUUUACCUUUAAGUAUAUACUUGAUCCAAAUGACAGUAGUGCUACCUAUAGGUGCUUGGAGUGUCCUAUUGAUUUCACAACUGUGGAUGACCUCAAGGAACACUACGGUGCUCAACACCCAGAAGCUCCUGAUGUAUUCAUGCAGAGAUCAGAUCAGCUCGAUCUGGUGUUCAAGUGCUUCCUUUGCACCUAUACCUCUCCCAAAAGUUCGUUCUUGAAAAUCCAUUACAGAAGAGAGCAUGUAAUGGAGGAAACAAACAAUCCCUUGAUGUUCUAUAGUUACACUGCCAAUAAUCCACAAACGAAGCCUUCUCAAUCCCCAAUAUCCACAGGAACAUAUAGCCCAAACAGUGCAAUAUCCCGUGAGAGAGUGCAGGCACAGCACAUUGAAACAAGCAGAACCUCACCCCUCAAAAGUCCCGCCUCAAAGGGAGCGGACAAGGAAAUACACCACUGCAAGUAUUGUUCUUACAGUAAUACGUCUGUUGUUGCUAUGGUUGUCCACUACCAGAAAAAACAUCCAAAUUCAGGAGCAACAAUCGAACAAAUCAAACAGCAAGCAGCUGCGUCUACUCCUUCAACACCUGAAAAAUCACCUCACGUAUCGCCUCUUAAAUCUCCAAACCCAUCUCUGAACACAUCUGAUGAUGUACCAAAGGACCUCCAGAAGAUGUAUUUCUGUCAGGUGUGCAACUACAACCACCCAACGGUGAAGGGGGUUUUUGUUCAUCAAAAGAAAAAACAUCAUGAACUUAGGGCAACUGCUUUACAAAUCCACAUUUAUUCUGCCGAGGUCCAAAGUCAUUCAAAGAAGUCACAGCUUUUAGCAAAAUUCUCCCCACAAAAAGGCUCCACAUCCCCUGACUCUAAAAUUCACAGCGGGUUGGAAGACAUGUAUUUCUGCCAGCUGUGCAACUAUGGACAUUGUGCUGUCAGGGGGGUUCUUAACCAUCAAAGGAUGAGGCACAAAGAUAUCGUAGUAAAUACUGAAAAGGUUCUCAGGCAUACUAUAAUGCUUCGUGAAAAACCACAAACAUCUGAUGGAGAAAGUUCAUCAAAGUCUUUCGCUUUGCCUCUUCCCAUUGUGCAGAAAGGGACAGAUAAAAUGAUGUUCUGCCAGUUUUGCAACUUUUCUCACUUAAAAGUGAAAAUCAUUGCUAACCAUCAAUUUAGGAAACACUCUAUACCUAAGCCAUCAGCUCAGGAAAUAAACAGAUAUACUGCUAUGGUUUAUGAAAAACUGGAGAAGACACAGCUGGAAAAUACAGACUUGUCUAAACCCUCUGUCAAAAAACUGUCAGAUCUUAGGUCCUUAAAGUGCGGCACAUGCCUUUACACUACACCACACCUGUAUCUUUUGAAGAGGCACAUGAUGAACAAACACCGGAUAAAAACCACAAUAGCAGAGGUUGUACGUUCAGCUUAUCUAGAUGGCCUGUUGGAGCCAGGUUAUCACUGUCAGUGGUGUGUUUAUUCAAACCCUGAUGCCAAAAAAGUGCAACAGCAUUACCAGAAGUGUCACCCUCUUUGUGGUGGCUUUAGUCUUGACCACAUAACUUUAGAUUUAUAUGCUGGUCCUCAGGCUUCUCCAUCUACAAAUGUGUCACCUGACUCAGAAAACAUCAUGGAAGACCAGCACACACCUCAGAAGGCCACCCGGGGAGGAACCAAGACGGCGCCCUCUCCGAAACCUGGCGGAAAAACGGCAAAAGUCUAUCCCUGUCGUGCUUGCCCCUUUAAAGGUUCUUCUAUUGCAAGUGUCAAGCGGCAUUACCGUGCCGUCCACCCAUGGUCUGUAAAAGAAGACGGCUCCGUCCUCGAUGUCAUCACUAGUCGGCAGCCGGGUGAACUGAAGCACCACCUCGGAGAUGUGCACAACGAGAUGCCUGGUUCCUUUGAGAGUUACCAGAAGCCAGUUGAAGACUGUGAAGAACUGGCAGAAGAUAUUUCUGGGGACUCAUCUCAUGAUACGUCGGCGUCUAUAAGAAUGUUCAAGUGUGCCGUCUGUUCCACGUAUUUCAACACGCAUCACGGUCUGAUGACUCAUUGUGGGAAAAAACAUCCCGACUACAAACCUGAAAAGGAAACGGAAAAAGAACUUGGAGUAAGCGUGCGAACCUCUGUGUACAGGUGUGAGGUGUGUUCGUAUGUGAAUACACGUUGUCACGGUGUUCUCACUCACUGUCAGAUGAAGCACCCUUCCUUCAAAGCCAGGGCGGAGAGACUUCAAACUAAAAUAGUUCAGUUUCCCAACGUGCAACAAUGUGUAAGGAAAAGAUCAGGAAGGGUAACAUUACAGGGCUACUCGUGCAAGUUGUGUCCGGUCACCCAUGCAUCUUUGAAGAAGUUGAAAGUUCACAAUGAAACCCAUCGCCACAGUACUGCCUCGACAAAGCUCAAAACGGCCCAUGUCAUCAAAAAACAAUUGCUCUCCAAAUACAGAAGCACCCAGGGCUCGAUUGGCACUUCCAGGGGCUCGAAAAGGAGGUGUCACCGCUGCGCGUUUACCUGCACUACAAUGAAGCACCUCGCCAGCCACAUUAACAGUAGCCACAGUUGCACGGCAGAGCAUACAUACACAUGCUGUGUGUGCUCGUAUUCAUCUGUGGUGCCUGUAUACCUCGCAAACCACUACAGAAGGAUGCACGGUCCAGACGCGUACAGGACCUACUUUGCGGCAACACACACAAGCUUGAUGCAAAAGCAGAGUUCAGACGUUUGCCCAUCACCUACACCAGAAGGCCAGGCGUCUUUGGGGAAAGCAUCCGCAAACCCUCUCGCAAAAUCGUAUAGUGACGAUGACCUGGAUCUCCAUUGUACGUCGAGACGACCUGCGGCUAACAGUGCACAGGAGCGCUCCACGAAGACCAUGACGAAGAAUCGAACAAAGAAAAGCAUCAGCAAAUUAUUUACGAAAUCAUCCGGGAAAGGUCCAAUCAAAUGCAAGAAGUGCACCAAGUACUUUCACUCAGCGUUGUUGCUCAGCAUCCAUUACACCAAUUUUCACUCCACCGCCUUCAAGCAGGACUUCACCAUUCUGUCAAACACUGCAGAAACGGAUCUACAGUUAUACCGUUGUGGACACUGUAACGUGAAAAUCCAGGGCAAUCGAAAGCUCUCUCUACAUCUUGACCGUCAUGCUGUGGUUUUGGCACGGACAAAGUUGAAACCAGUGGUUGAAGCGCAACAACCAAAGCUGAAGCCUGCAGAGCCUGAAAGCCCAGAACUGCCUGAGCUCUUGACCAUACAGGAGUUGUCUCGCUGGAACGUGACGCAGGUGGGAACGAUCACGUUAAAGAUGAGUCCUGAGACCUCCCUUUCUGGAACUCCGGAUUCGGUGGACCUUAACAAGGGAACUGACGGAGCAGAGGGUUUCCCCUGCAUCCAGUGUGGUCGAUCUUUCAUGUCUCUGAAAGGUUUGCGAUCACAUGAGCGAAGCCAUGCUGCCAUAGCUUCGCUCAAGCGAACGGGCACGAUGCCUAAGCACAUAAUUGAAGAGAAUAUAAUUUAUCGACCCGGGACCAUCAAGCAGUUUCACUGUGGGCUGUGUGGGUAUAAAACCAACUUGGUCAUCCUCUUGAGGAACCACCUGUCUAAGAAACAUGAAGCUGCUGAUAUGAUUGAGUACCCAGUUAAGGACCCUGACAUCCCAACAACUUGCGAAAAGGAUGCAGAGAACAACCUGAGGGAAGAAGCCUUAGACCCCACAGGACCUCAGAAGGGUGACAUCAUACAGGAACAUUCCUCCACACAGAAACGUGGAUACUCGGAGCCCCCACAUGUACAGCGCCAGUUGAAUCACUACAAGCAUAUAGCCAAGAGAAAACACCCUGCUGCUGACAUCCCACAAGCUUCGAGGGCCUUUUACGAUGGCUUAUAUCACUGCGAGUUCUGCAACUUCACCUCGGAGCACAUAUCAAGUGUACGUCGACACUACCUAAAUCGACACAAUGGCAAACGGCUCCUCAAAUGCAAGGACUGCUCCUUUUUCACAGGUUUCCGGAAGAGGUUUGACAUGCACAUAGAUGCAGGCGGUGCUAACUGCUUGGCAGAAGCUGGGUUGACGGACCUGCGUUGCCCUUUCUGCCUCUACCACACCAAAAACAAAAACAACAUGAUUGACCACAUUAUAUUGCAUCGAGAGGAGCGUAUGGUUCCCAUAGAGGUGCGUAGGCCACAGUUGUCCCAGUACCUUAAGGACGUUGUUUUUCGCUGUCACAAGUGCACAUUCUCGAGCGCCAGCGACGAGAAUCUGCGUGAGCACAUGCUCAAGCAUGACGACAUCAAACCUUACAAGUGCCGUUUGUGCUUCUUCGACUGUUCCCAGCUGAGUGGGCUGGAGGCCCACCUUUGUGACAAGCAUCAGGUCGUAAGGAACCAUGAGUUGGUGGGACAGGUCAGUCUGGAGCAACUAGAGACCAAGCUGAAUGGGAAAGAGAAAGGAAAAUCCAACAUGGAGCCGGGGGAUAAAGAGGAAGAAGACCAUGGGACAACCCUCAAGCAUGAGAAACAAGGCGAAGAAAGUGAUGAUUCAAACCUUGAGCAACCGUCUGCCAUGGAGGUAGAGAAUCUAGCGAAACACACAAAGGAGGAGGACGAGGAUAUGGAGGAACGAGGUGAAAUGGAGGAUAAAGUCCCGGAACCUACUAGAUUACAUGGGACACCAUGGCAGGUGAAAGCAGAGGAUGCGACGAACGCUAACGAGGAACGGCUGGAUCAGAAACCAGGCACAGAUAUGGAACACGGUGUCGUAGCAGAAGCAGACAAAAAGCCAGAGAACACUGCGGGCCCAAACAUAGUACAGCACGAGAAGCAUGAAAGAACUGACAUGGAAAAAAACACUGAAUCUUAUGAGAUGCAAGGGCAGGAAGGCCAGUUUAGGGCAAACUGUCAAAACGCAGGACAGUUCCAUGGGUUGACAAUGGACAGAAAGUCUGAAGGCGGGCUUAUACAUCAGUGUCAAGGAUUGACUGAAGAGAUUGGUAAAAUACAACAUAUAGAAGUCACAGAGAACAAAGAUUUAUUAGAGGAUUCAUUUAUGGACUGUAAAGAGGUGUAUAAAGAGAAGAACAAGAGAGAACUAGCCGAUCAAUAUGGUGAGAUGCCAAUCCUGGAGAAUGUCUACAUCAAACAAGAAGAAUACAGCAGUCAAGAUGAGAGCCUGGAGGACGUAGUGGUGAAACAGGAUAAAUCUGUUAAGUGCAAUAAAACAGAGGAACAGGGGUGCGAAGAGGGGACCUUUCGGAAAGAACAAGAUGAGAGGGCUGAGAAUCUGGAACAUUCAAAGGAGGGACUCCAAAAGGAAAAUGAUGUUUUAUCUGCACCUCAAGAUUCCUGCACAUUCCUAAAGAGCAGCCAAUUGACCAGCAAUGUCAAGUCGUUUUCCUGCAAGCUCUGUGGCCGCACCCUCUCCAACAGCACUGAGUUUGAGCGCCACGUCAUGCGCCAUGGAAUGUAACAGCCUGUUACUGCUACUACAGUGAAACGGCAUGGAAUGUAACAGCCUGUUACUGCGACUACAGUGAUGCGCCAUGGAAUGUAACAGCCUGUUACUGCGACUGAAGGGAAUGUCUGAACAUACAGAUGUUGUUUUGAUAGUGUGAUACAUUGUCAUUUUUUGACAUUGUGGGUGAAUGGUGUCAUUUACAUUUGUUUAAUACUGUAUCCACUGCUUACAAUAUGUUUGUAAACGCACAAGUAUAUUGCAAAGGACUAAUGUGUUUAAUUUUACUGCACACGUGUAAAUGAUGUCUGUUUAAAGUUAUUUAGCAGUUUUUUAAAGCUUGUACGUACGUUUAAACUGGUUGUCUUUUAAUGUGUUUUGUAAUAAAUUAUUUUAUACUA